AUGUACAAUGAUCCUCUUGUUAAUGGUAUGAGUGAUCUCAGAUGUGAUCAUUUUUGUUUGGCUGAAGAAAAUUUUGAUGGUAUUGUUACUCCUACUGGUGUAUUGUCACAAUUGAUAACUGAAGCACAAUAUAGAACUAAUGAAUUUGUUAAAGAUGCAUAUGAUAUUCGAAUUACAGCCAAGACACUUAAAAAACAUCAACAAGCAUAUUAUGCACAUCAGGAAAAUGAGAAAAGAAGAUUAAUAGCAGAUGCAGGAACAGUCGAGAGAAUGCAAGCCAAUAAUAUUCAUUUGUCCAAUAAGAUAAAAAAUCUUGAAAGCAGUUUGCAAACCCUUGAUAAUGAACAUGUUGAACUAGCCAAUAAUUUUAUCAGUACUAAAAUGGAACUUGCACAAUGCAAAGAUGAAAAUGAAGAUCUUUCUCAGAUGAUUAUAAACCUACAUAGAGGUUUGGAAACUCAGUCUAAAGAAAUUGAAAGUAAAUUGCAAGGUCAGAUGGAUGAUUUAAUUAAAAGGAAUAUUGAUUUGAUAGAAAAGAAUAACUUAUUGGAAAAUCAACUUGAAAUUUAG